AUGGCUGUCUCACUAUUCCGGCUGACAAUUGUCCUGGGUUUGCUUGCCUUAAUCCUCACCUGCCAAGCAGAUGAGAAACCCGAUAGCAAGCCAGAUGAUAAGCCAGAUGACUCAGGCAAAAGCGCAGAUGAUUUCCCAAAAUUUCUGCACAUCCUGGGCACAGAGAUCAUUGAGAAUGCAAUUGAAUUUAUCCUCCGCUCUAUGUCCAGGAACACGUAA